GCAGUUGAUGAAGCUAUGUACCAGGUAAUUUGACGUCCUUCAGAACACUUUUUCGGAGCAUAAAGAUAUGAAUAAUGAUUUUUACCACUUUGUACUUACCUUGACAGAUUAAGUAUUCAUGUGUUUAGUGUGUUUUGGUUUAAGUAUUCAUCUAACAUCAUAUCAAAUGAGUGUAUGUAGUAACUUAAUCACAGUAGAAUAAUAAAUGUAGCUUAUGUAAAAGGUCAACCAGUGGGACCCCGUCAAACUCAAUUGACUUCUAUAUAGCUUUUAAGGAUGAAAUUAACACAGUUGAAAUUUCAGAUUAUUUAAUUGGUUUAAUUGAUAGAUUCUUUAUCCAUGCUUCAGUGUUUUUUCGUUGUUUAUUCAUUAUUGUAAAUUCAGCUUGCUCUUAUCAUUCAAACUAAGACUGAUUUACUGCAUUAUAGGUUACUUUACUGUGAUGACCCUUUUCGAUAUAAUUCAGUAAAGUUGAAGGGUUCAAACCAUAACUCCUGUAUCAUGCUUAAUUGCACUAUGCUGAUAUCAAAAGUUAAAGGAUGAAAUAGACUUUUAACUGACAAAAUUGUUCAUCACUGCACAGUAUCUUAGCUUCACUCUGGUUGUCAGUAUAAUGGAUGCGGAGUUAGGUCUCGAUAUUGAAGAAUUGGAGGAGAUGGAAUCAGAUGCUGGUCUUGGUAAUGGUGGGUUGGGACGUCUAGCUGCUUGUUUCCUGGACUCCAUGGCGACAUUGGGACUAGCUGCUUAUGGAUACGGCAUCCGUUAUGACUAUGGAAUCUUUGAGCAGGUUAUUCGUGAUGGCUGGCAGGUUGAAGAGCCGGAUGACUGGUUACGUUUUGGUAAUCCAUGGGAAAAAGGAAGACCAGAAUAUUGUUAUCCAGUCAAUUUCUACGGACGUGUUGAGGACGCUGGAAAUGGACGUAAACGCUGGGUUGAUGCGCAUCCAGUUUUCGCUAUGCCAUAUGAUACUCCCAUCCCAGGAUACCGAAAUAACACUUGCAACACACUCCGACUUUGGUCUGCCAAGGCUCCAAAAAGUUUCGAUUUGGGUAUUUUCAAUAUGGGCGACUACAUUAACGCUGUAUGUGCCCGUAAUCAUGCGGAAAAUAUUUCCCGUGUUCUUUAUCCGAAUGACAAUUUCUUCGUUGGGAAGGAACUACGUCUUCGUCAGGAAUACUUUUUAGUUGCAGCGACUUUGCAGGAUAUCAUUCGACGCUAUCGAAGUGGUGAUGCUCGUCAUCCGACAUUUGAUGAAUUUCCUAACAAAGUUGCUAUUCAGUUGAAUGAUACGCAUCCUUCACUAGCAAUACCCGAGUUAAUGCGUAUCCUAGUGGAUUUAGAAGGUUUAGAGUGGAAAAAGGCAUGGGAUAUUAGCUAUCGUACUUUUGCAUACACAAACCAUACAAUUCUACCCGAAGCACUGGAGCGUUGGCCUGUCUCCCUACUCGAGCAUAUAUUACCACGUCAUUUGGAAAUUAUUUAUCAGAUUAAUGCUGAAUUCUUGGAUAUUGUACGUGCUAAAUAUCCAAAUGAUAAUGAUCGUAUCCGUCGUAUGUCAUUGGUAGAAGAAGAAGGCGAGAAGCGCAUUAAUAUGGCUUACUUAUGUAUUGUUGGUUCGCAUGCUGUGAAUGGUGUUGCUGCAAUUCACUCACAUUUACUGAAAACUCAAACCUUCCGAGAUUUCGCUGAAUUAUGGCCUGAUAAAUUCCAGAACAAAACUAAUGGAAUUACACCUCGUCGUUGGCUUCUUUUGUGCAACCCAAGCUUAUCAGAUUUGAUUAUGGAGAAUAUGAAUGGUAGUGAAUCAUGGAUUACUAAUUUGUCUGAAAUUGCUCAAUUAAAAUCACGCGUUAACGACGCUAGUCUUCUUCAACACUUGUUACGCAUUAAACGAGAAAAUAAGGCGAAAUUCGCUUCCUAUUUGGAGCAACAUUAUGGUGUAGUCAUUAAUCCUGCAUCAUUAUUUGACAUUCAGGUCAAAAGAAUUCAUGAGUAUAAACGUCAACUAUUAAAUUGUUUACAUGUUAUCACAUUGUAUAAUCGCAUUAAAUCCAACCCUGAAAUGCCAGUCUGUCCACGUACAGUUAUGAUUGGGGGUAAGGCUGCACCAGGUUACCAUAUGGCUAAACUUAUUAUUAAACUAAUCAAUAGUGUUGGUAAUGUUGUCAAUCGUGAUCCAGUUGUACGCGGUCGACUUAAACUUAUUUUCCUUGAAAAUUAUCGUGUCUCGAUGGCUGAGAAGAUAUUUCCUGCUGCUGAAUUAUCAGAGCAGAUUUCUACUGCUGGUACAGAAGCUUCUGGCACUGGGAAUAUGAAAUUUAUGCUUAAUGGAGCUAUGACCAUUGGUACUAUGGAUGGUGCAAAUGUGGAAAUGUGCGAAGAAAUGGGCCGAGAAAAUAUGUUUGUAUUCGGUAUGACUGUGGAACAAGUUGAUGCUUUGCAUAAAAGAGGUUAUCGACCACAAGAAUUUAUAGAUAGAGAACCAGAGCUAAAACAAUGCUUGGAACAAAUUCGUGAUGGUUACUUUUCCCCAGAAAAUCCAGACCAAUUUAAAGAUAUUUACAAUAGUCUAGCGUUUGAUGAUCGUUUUCUCUUAUGCGCAGAUUAUGCUGACUAUCUACGCGCACAACAAGAGGUGGAAGAGGCCUACAAGGAUGAACAAAGGUGGUCGAAAAUGAUGCUGAUGAAUAUUGCAUCGUCUGGAAAGUUCUCUUCUGAUCGUACCAUACGUGAUUAUGCUCGUGAUAUCUGGGGUGUAGAACCUUCAACAAUCAAACUGCCACCACCAUUUGAAACAGUUCAAGAAAAGAAAUAAAUUUACAAAAGUGUUUAAUUUCGAUCACUACAAUUAUUCCACUGUGUGUUUUUUUUCUAUCCUUCCUUUUAACUUUGUCACUGUCGUCUUCGCUAGUAAUCUAGUCAGUUGUGCAAACAGCACACUCAGUUGAGGUUAUAAAAAUGGUCUCCCUUGCUUUAAACAUUAACCCAUUUAACUCCCUUCCCUUUCAUCAUUUUGAAUGCCUAGACAGUCAGUUUCUUGUUAAAAUAUUUCAAAAUGCCUUAUUAGUUUUAUGCUAAAAAGAUGAAGACAAUGAAUUUCCUUCUCCUUUUCAUUAAAAAAAAAGAACCAAUAAAAUCCAACAGGUCUCUAUUAAAGUUUUAAUUAUUCUCCAUUUUUUUCUUUUGGUGUCUUACUAAUUUGACCAAUUGAUCACUAUCACCCCCACCCACCUACCCACUGCCAACUUAGACUGUUGCAAUAGGACCUUAAGCAAAAACAGUGCUGGGCGAAUUUUAUUGGUCGCAUGUGUCUGCAUAUUUCAUAUACAUGACACUAUUACACUACUAACCAAUUAAUAUUAAUUAAUUUAUUCCUAUGAUAUAUUAAUUUCUCUUUAGCUUAACCUGUUCAAUCAUGCAUGAGUUGACAACAAAAAAACAAACAAUGAAAAAAAUAUUAUUUUGAAUAUUAUUAUUUUUUUGAAAACAAAAAUAGUAGUAUUAUGACUGAUAAAUCAAAGAUUUGCUUGACAGAAGGAAAUAAUUCGAUAGUAACACUUACUUGUCUUUGUUUUUCUGAACACUUUAUCAUCUUUAUUAUAUUUUAGUCUUUGCUCAUUUAUAUAGACAUAAAUGUAAUUUCUUAUAAUAAUAAUAUUAUUAUUAUUUCUAUUCUUCAAUGGUAAAUUAAUUAUUAAUAUAAUCAACUCUUUCUU